AUGGGGUUGUGGCCAGGAUCAGAACCGCCUGACAGGCACUCUCCUGGGGGUCCUCCCCUGUUCCACAGAUCAGGGACCGGCCACCUCCCCACCCCACACCUGAGCCACCUCCUCACCCCACACCUGAGCCACCUCCCCACCCCACACCUGAGCCACCUCCCCACCCCACACCUGAGCCACCUCCCCACCCCACAUCUGAGCCACCUCCCCACCCCACACCUGAGCCACCUCCCCACCCCACAUCUGAGCCACCUCCCCACCCCACACCUGAGCCACCUCCCCACCCCACAUCUGAGCCACCUCCCCACCCCACACCCUGAGCCACCUCCCCACCCCACACCUGAGCCACCUCCCCACCCCACACCUGAGCCACCUCCCCACCCCACAUCUGAGCCACCUCCCCACCCCACACCUGAGCCACCUCCCCACCCCACACCUGAGCCACCUCCCCACCCCCACACCUGUGCCACCUCCCCACCCCACAUCUGA